AUGGACACAGGUGCGGCGGUGACCAUUCUGGUAGCGCUGAUGGUGCUGGCGGGCGUGAGCCAAGGGGUCUUCGUCGGAGGUGCCUCAAACGACUAUGAGGACACGACGCCCGGCGAGUUGGAGGAUGUGGAAAAACGCUUGAUGGACAUGGACAGCGGCGCGGACGAUCGUCUGCUGACUGCGCUGCUCAGAGCUCUUCUUCUGGGAUCUCGCAGAGAAUCCCGGAGCUCUGUGCUCCACGAACCACAGAGAUUCGGCCGCUCGUCCAGAGGUCCGAUUGUGCUGGAUGACCACCACAACUCACCCGAAUGGGAGGAGGCGCCCAGCCAGAUUUGGAGUAUGGCUGUGCCUCAGAGGUUUGGCAAGAAAUAA